AUGUUUAUGUUUCGAUCCAGCCUAUGGGCAGUUCUUGCUCUGACUUCUACAGUAUGCUGCUCAAGGGCUGGCAGCAAUGACCAAUUCUCCGGCGACAUUGAUCCCGGAACAUUCCUAAGCCCAUCAGCGGUCACACGGCCUCGAUUUCGAUACUGGCUUCCUGAUCCCAGCGUUGAUGAGCAGACCAUGAGAGACGACAUAAAGUCAGCCGCAAAUGUGGGAGCUGGAGGCGUGGAAUACUUGCCUUGGUAUAACGCCGGCGGCUUCCUUGGUCCUGCUCCUCCAGGGGACGACUGGGGCAGAUACGGAGUUGGCACACCCGCAUUUAACAGACUGUUUCAGACUGCUCUAGAAGCCCAUCGGGAUGCUGGUACAGUGAUGGACUUUGCCAUCGGACCCAAUCAAGAGCAGGGUGUACCGGCGGAUCCCAAUGACGAAGGCCUGCAGUGGGACUUGAUACCAUUCUCGACAGCGAUUCCUGCCAAUGGAACCUUUGCUGGGAUCAUUCCGGGAUGGGGGACCAGUGAACUACUUGCAGUCAUUUCAGCCGAAGUGUUGGAAAGAAUUGAUAAUUCAACUGCGUUGUCCUCUGCUCAUGUUCCCCACACUCGUCUCGUUGUCAAAGAAUCUUCGCUCACGGAUCGAACUGAUGAGGUGUCUUCCACUGGACAUCUGUCUAUCACCUAUCCCACAAGCUCCAGCCAACGCACAUACUGGCUGUUCGCAUUCUAUCAACGGUUGACCCAGGAUCAAAAUUUAAUAUUCACGUCGAAUGAAACGGAUGCGAUUGUUGAAAACGGAGCAUAUAUGGUUGAUCAUUUUAGUUCCCGGGGCGCCGAAACGGUGAUCGAUUUCUGGGAUAAAUACGUCCUCAAUGAGAAUGUGAGAUCCCUGCUUGCUGAAGUGGGAAACUAUGCCUGGGAGGACAGCAUCGAAAUCAAAUCGAAUAUCUCCUGGUCCAGGUCCCUUCCGAACCUGUUUGAGCAGAAGCAUGGAUACAGUCUCAUCAAAUAUUUGCCCUUGAUAAUGUUUGACAAUAAUAAUAUUGCCAUCCAGUCAAGCAAUCCGGGGCCCGUCCAGUGCGUUACGGACGCGCUCGACGAAGGGAUUCGCUACGUCAACGAUUUUCGCGAAGCACUGGUGGAGGGAUACAGUAAGUAUUUACAGAGACUGACAGAAUGGGCGACGAGAGAUCUCGGUCUACAGAUGUCAGUACAGCCCGCCUACAACCUUCCCAUGGAUAUGGAGGCGACUGUUCCCGUAGUGAACGCACCCGAAUACGAGAGCCUUGGAUUCCAGGACAAUAUUGAUGGUUACAGGCAGUUCUCUGGACCGGCUAUAUUGGCGGGCAAGAGGAUCGUAUCCAACGAAAUGGGCGCCGUGUCCAUGGCUGCAUUCCGGUAUAAGAUCUCUAGUCUAUUGUGGUCUAUCAACCGCGCGGUUGUGGGAGGCGUCAAUCAGUUUGUCAUUCAUGGUCUGUCCUAUACUGGGAACUACUGGGCAACAACAUGGCCAGGCUAUACCGCAUUCUCAUAUUUCUACGGUGAAUUGUGGUCGAAUAAACAGCCGGCCUGGGAUCAUGGCUUCGCCGACUUCCUGGAAUACGUGAGCCGGCUUCAAUUCAGUCAACAAGCAGGUCCUCUGAAGACGGAUAUCGCUGUCUACAACAAGCAGUCUGCCACGGACCCUAGCUUCCGCUGGCACGCAGGAAAUAUGACUGGGCUGAUUGAUGCAGGCUAUAGUUACAACUACCUAUCCCCUGAAAACUUGAACCUUGAGCAAGCAUAUGUCGGGAACAUGACCCUUGGACCAGACAGCCCAGCUUACAAGGCCCUACUUAUUUACGGCACGUCAAAUGUGACAUACGAUUCCAUCAUUGGUGGGGAUCCGCCCCAAUACGCCACUGCUAGCGCUCCUAGUCACGCAAUAUUCACAGAGGCUAUAUCUGAGCUGAAACACACCAAGAACGUCUUUGCGGUCUCCGAAGGCGAGCUGAUUGGAAGGUUAGCUUCUCUCAACCUGGAUCCUCAAAUUCGAGUACAAACCAACAGCACCUGGUACACGACCUGGCGUGAGUCAGUCAGGGAAGAUGUCCAGUUCGCAUUCGUCUAUAAUGACGGUGAGGCCAGCACUGGACACCUUGUGGUGUCCAGCGACAAAACCCCACAUCUUCUUGACAUGUGGACUGGGCUUUGUAAGCCGGUACUUGAGUACCAUCAGGCUGACGGCAAAACCAUCAUUCCUCUCGCGCUUGAGGCAAAUCAGACUACUUUGAUCGCUUUUAGCGGGCCUUCCGUUCAGUGGUUACGUGCACCGAAGAUUCACGCCAUUCAGGCCCCUUCCACGAUCCAAGGGUACGAAUUUGAAAGAAACUCCUCCGACUCACUUGAGCUUCAUGCCACCGCUGGACCGAUUGACCGGCCUCUUGUCCUCUCCAAUGGCCGAAACUACACCUUCCCUCCUGGCGAGAGAGUAGCAAAGAGUUUCAGCCUCGGCAACUGGUCCCUCACGGCGGAGCACUGGGCCUCUCCGGCCAACUUGUCUGAUGCCUCCCGGAUCGCUUAUAAGUUUAACACCACCCACCACUUGGACGCCCUCGUCCCAUGGACUCAGAUACCAAGCCUCACGAAUGCAUCUGGACUGGGGUAUUACAGUACCGGCUUCGAUUGGCCACCCCAUACGGGCUCGGCAGACGGCGCAUAUAUCCUGCUCCCUAAGGUCCUGCAUACUCUUCGCGUGAAAGUCAACGGCCACCAAAUACCACCACCCGACUACAAUGCACCCAAGCUAGAUAUCGGCUCUUAUUUGCAGAAGGGACGAAACGAAGUCGUGAUUGAGGUUCCCACCGUAAUGUGGAAUUGUAUUCGAAGCAUCUUUGGUCGCAUCGUAAUGGCAGGUUAUCCACCGCUUAUUAGCCUCACCGAUCCCGGGCACUUGCCGGAGCCCGUCGACACAGGCCUCAGUGGAACCGUGCAAGUGGUACCGUACGUAAAAUGGCGUGUCAACGUUUGA